CGUCAACGGAAAUUACGUCAACGGAAACAGAAAUAGGACGUAUGAAACAACCGUUGAUAUGUAACCUGUAACACCUCCAUGAAGCUGCUACGAGAUGCCUCACAUUUACCAGAAAAUGCGACGGUUUGACUUCUCCCUCCUCCGCCACAUCUCUUCCCUUCACUCCCCACCCGCUGUCCCCUCAGUCACCAGGACAUGCUGCCUCCACCAAGGGGUCUCCACCGGUUCCCUCACCUGUUCCCGGAGCACCAUCCCUGGUUACAGCUGCCAGCGCAGGAGGGGUGUGAGCACAGCCAUCAGGCAGCACGUAGAGGACCUGAGUGGGCCUGAGCAGAGACUGUUGAAUAAGCUGUACGAAGGGCUGAUCGGAGGACAGCGGGCUUCUCUGGCCGAGUGCAUCACUUUGGUGGAGACCCAGCAUCCCAGAAAAAAAGAGCUGGCCCAGGUGCUGCUGCAGAGAGUGUUGGCCUACAGGAGGGAGCAGGAGAGUCGUAAUGGAGGGAAGCCGGUGGCCUUCAGAGUAGGUCUGUCCGGUCCUCCAGGAGCAGGGAAGUCGUCCUUCAUCGAGGUGGUGGGGAAGAUGUUGACAGGACGUGGUCAUAAAGUUUCAGUGCUGGCUGUUGACCCAUCGUCCUGCACUACAGGAGGAUCUCUGAUGGGUGAUAAAACUCGUAUGACUGAACUUUCGAGGGACAUGAAUGCUUUUAUCAGGCCAUCUCCGGCCUCAGGAACACUCGGUGGAGUCACCAGAACAACUAAUGAGGCCAUUGUUCUCUGUGAAGGAGCAGGAUAUGACAUUGUCCUUGUAGAGACCAUAGGAGUGGGCCAGUCAGAGUUUGCUGUGGCUGACAUGGUUGACAUGUUUGUGCUGCUGAUUCCACCAGCAGGGGGCGACGAACUUCAGGGUAUCAAAAGGGGCAUCAUUGAGAGGGCCGACCUGGUGGUGGUGACGAAGUCGGAUGGAGACCUGGUGGUGCCAGCCAGGAGGAUCCAGACUGAAUACACCAGCGCACUCAAGCUGCUCAGGAGACAGUCCAAGUUCUGGAACCCUAAGGUGGUGCGCUCCUCCUCACACACCGGUGACGGCAUCCCAGAGGUCUGGGCCAAGAUGGAGUUGUACCGCGACACCAUGUUAGCAAGCGGUGAGUUGCAGGGCCGGCGGAGGGCCCAGCAGAAGGUUUGGAUGUGGAGUUUGAUCCAGGAGAACGUCCUCUGCCAUUUCCAGAAUCACCCCAGUGUCAGAGAGGCUCUACCCCACCUCGAGGAGAGGGUCACCAAAGGAGCAAUCUCCCCAGGCCUGGCUGCUGACCUGCUUGUCAAAGCCUUCUUAUCGUCGUAGUAAUCAGUGGGACUGCACUUUUGGAGAAGGAUUGAUGAUCAGGGCCACUCAGUGCCAAGGAAAGAGUGGAGGACAGAGUGAAAAUUUGUGACCUUGACUCGGUAGUUUGCACAAAAAGAAGCAGCCUUGCUGUUUUUACGCUUCAUUUGAAAUUUAAAACAAGAUCGAAGUCAACCCUCCGUAGAUACUUCAGUUUCUGCAUGCUUUAAUCCAAAUCGGGAGAGGGCUGAGAGCAUUGACAGUCGCCCCUUCUCGCCUUCAAGACACAUCCACAUUUGGACAGGAUGGCAAAGCGAAACAUUUCAAUUGUGUUUAACAGUACUGUGAGAAAUGAAAUGUUACACUGCCAAAAGCCUGGUUUUCUAGAGCACAUACUGGGAUCGUAUUUUUUUGGGCAAGAACACUACAGACCCUCAUGAACAUUUUAAUGAGAUUAGUACCAAACAUGCAGAGGACUGUAAAGGCCAUGUUACAUUUGCAGAGUAGUUUGCACAAUAACCAUCACUUUUAUGAACAGGCUUAUGAAAUGGUGAAGCAUUAAAUGGUGAAACUGACUGGUGGAAGUAUGAUCUGUGAUAACAUUUUCUUUUGGCUCACCCACCUCAUACAGUGGUCAGUAAUACUAAUAAGUGUUAAUAAAAGGAUUUGGUUUAGAGAAAUGAGA